CAGCUCUUAUCGAUAAGAAUCUACUCCGCAUUUGGUAUUGAUGACAACGAGGGCACAGCUUAGAAAUACACGAAAUCAAUAUAUUUCUAAUUUCAUCUCCUGACCAGUAUCUUCUCCAACUGCCAGACUACUCAAAAUGCCUCAAGCAACAGCAACCGUCAACGGCGUCGAGGUCGCUCGCUCAGAUACCUGGGAGGUGGUGGAUGGGAACAUAUACUUUCCACCGGACUCUGUGAAGAAGUCCCACUUCACACCGACCAAGACGUCAACGCAUUGUCCAUACAAGGGCGAUGCGAGCUACUACACCGUGACGACGAAUAAGACCGAGAUCCAGGAUGCCGCGUGGUACUAUCCCACUCCGUUGCCGGAGAUGGAGAAGAUCAAAAACUACGUCGCGUUCUACAAGACGAAGGGCGACAUCAUGGUUGGGGUUGAAGAGUAGAGGUAUACGAGGACAAAUUGAGAGCUCGUUUGAGCAGCACCUAACAUACCGCAUCGCUGAGCUUGUAUGACCGUGACGACUUCUGGCUUGAAAUAAUGUCUCCACCGUUUCUCUGGCCGUAUAAAAUACUGCCUAGUACUUCUCGUAGCUACAUGAGCGCGGACUAGACGCUGAGAACUAGUACCCGGCGUUUCGUUGCUUGCGAGAGCUGAGAAUGGAACAUAGAGAUUCGAGAUGCUUGCAACACCAAUCCGCUCGUAACACCCUGGCCCUUCCAGGCGAAGGUCCGAGCAGCGACAUCCAAUCAUUAUUACCACGAUCGUUAUCGGGGGUACAGCGGAUCAAAGAAGCUUCGAUCGUGGGCAUAUCACUCACCGCUACUGAACAGGAGACGGGGAAGAUGUAGAAUGUCUGAUUGCCAUGUGUGAGUACGAUACCAUCGGGACUUGCCAGUGAAGCAGUGUAUGUCACUCCA